AUGGAGACGGAGCGAUCUGAAUCUGCAGCACACGUAUUAUUGUUGCCGUUCCCAGCACAAGGCCACAUCACUCCGAUGCUGAGCUUUGCGCAACUGCUAGGCCAUGCUGGCAUCCAUGUCACCUUCCUCAAUACAGAACACAACCACCGUCUCCUCACCCAACGCCAUGCCCUCUCCGCCCGCUUCCCAACCCUCCACUUCGAGUCUCUACCCGAUGGCCUCCCACCAGACUGCCCCCGCUCCAUUCCCCCCAUAAUCGACAUGGUCUCGUCGCUCAGGUCCGUAACCAAGCCACUUCUGCGUGAUCUGCUCAUAACCCUAACCAAAAAGGACGAAGAGUCGUACGGCUCCACCAGCACUCGCCGUCCUCCUUUGAGUUGCUUCAUAAUGGAUGAGAUCAUGUGUUUCGCAAUUGACGUGGCAGAGAAGGUCGGCGUUCCCGCCAUGGCUUUCACCAUCAUCAGCGGUUGUGGCUACUGGUCUUACUCCUGCAUUCCAAAUCUCAUCCAACAAGGCCACGUCCCCUUCACAGAUGAAGAUAUGGAUAAGCAGACUAGCGAUAUUCCGGGGAUGGAAGGCCUUUUACGGCGUCGAGACCUACCAGGCUUUUGCAGAUUUUCAAUUGACCACCCAGUUACUAAAAUUUUCAUGGAAGUGAUCAAAGCUAUUACUCGUGCUUCUGCUUUAAUAAUCAAUACCUUCGACGGCCUCGAAGCCUCAAUUCUCUCCCACAUAGCCACACUUUUCCCCCAAGUUUACGCAAUAGGUCCCGUCCACGCUCUUGUCAAAUCUCGCGUUGGCGAUGGCCUGUCAUCCUCUGCCUCUUUGCGCCAAGAGGACCGUCGUUGCAUGGCGUGGCUGGACUCCAAACAAGUGGGAUCUGUUAUAUAUGUUAGCUUUGGCAGCUUGGUGGAGCUGACACAUGACCAAUUGUUUGAAUUUUGGCACGGCUUGGUCAGUUGCGGGAAACAAUUUCUAUGGGUGGUGCGGUCAGAUAUGAUUUCGGGGGAGCAAGGAGAACACGUGAUUCCUACGGAACUGAAGAUGGGUACCAAAGAGAGGGGUCUUAUAGUGGAGUGGGCCCCCCAAGAAGAGGUCCUGGCUCACAAAGCUGUUGGAGGGUUUUUAACCCAAUGCGGGUGGAACUCGAUCCUUGAGGGCAUUUGGGCGGGAGUGCCGAUGCUUUGUUGGCCUCGGCUGGCGGAGCAGCUGGUGACUAGUAGAUGGAUUGGUGAGGUUUGGAGGAUUGGAAUUGAUAUGAAGGACACAUGUGAGAGAUCCAUGGUGGAGAAGAUGAUAAGGAGAUUGAUGGAAGAAGGUGAUGAAAGAGAGCAAAUUUUGAGGUCGGUGGAAAGAUUUUCUGAGUUAGCUAGGGGUGCUGUUACUGAAGGUGGGUCUUCAUACAACAACCUGGACAAACUUAUUCAAGACUUGAGAAACUUCUAA